GCCGGGAUUGGUGGCGGGGAGCCGGUCGGCGAAAGGCGGCAGCAGGCAAAACCGCGGCGCCGCGCGGCAGCCCGCGUCCCGCGUUUGUUUUGUGAUGGAGACAGUGUUGAAGUCUCACUAUGAUGAACAGCACCCUCAUCAGGCUGAAGACUUCUGUGGGAAGCAUGAGCAGAACAGCAAGCUUUCAGCAGGAAUAAAAAAGGAUAUAGAAAAGCUUUAUGAAGCAGUGCCACAGCUUGUGAAUGUGUUCAAAAUUAAGGAAAAAAUUGGAGAAGGUACUUUUAGUUCUGUUUACUUGGCCACAGCACAACUACAGACAGGACAUGAGGAAAAAAUGGCUCUGAAACACUUGCUUCCAACCAGCCACCCUCUGCGAAUUGCUGCUGAACUUCAGUGCCUCACAGUAGCAGGGGGACAAGAUAACGUUAUGGGAGUUAAAUACUGCUUUAGGAAAAAUGAUCAUGUGGUUAUUGUUAUGCCUUAUCUGGAACAUGAAUCCUUCUUGGACAUCUUGAAUUCUCUUUCCUUUGAAGAAGUGAGGGAAUACAUGUUUAAUCUGUUUAAAGCGUUGAGGCGCAUUCAUCACUUUGGUAUUGUUCACCGUGACGUCAAGCCCAGUAACUUCCUCUACAACAGGCAGCUAAAAGAGUAUGCCUUGGUAGAUUUUGGUUUGGCACAAGGAACCCCUGAUACAAAAAUUGAACUUCUCAAAACAGCCCAUUCUGAAGACCAGCAGGGAAGUUGCCCGCAAAAUAAUCCCACCAUAGCUUUGGGAAACGGGGUUUCUGUCAGUGUCGCAGGACCUAAAGAGGCUCAACAGUCAGCCUCGAAAGCAGCUGAUAAAAGGUCCAGCUCACUUCCAAAAAUACAGAGUAAACAAGCAGGAGGAGGAAAGGAGGAUUCUGUGCACCAUUCUGCCCAGCGCUCUGUCUUUGGGGAGAGGAAUUUCAAUGUCUAUAGUUCUACAUACCAGGAGAACUCAAGUACAAAACUCAUAAAACAAUCAAAGGUGAUAGAUGUUUCAUCUAGGAAGUUAGUAACAAAGAAGAAGACUAUUUCUACCAAAACAGUGAGCAAUGGGGCAGCCAGGAGAGCUGCCAGUGGUUGUCCCUCAAACCUGACCUGUGACUGUUAUGCAACGGACAGAGUUUGCAGUGUUUGCCUUUCAAGGUGUCAGCAAGUUGCUCCCAGAGCAGGGACACCUGGAUUUAGAGCACCAGAAGUAUUAACAAAGUGCCCCACUCAGACCACAGCAAUUGACAUGUGGUCUGCGGGAAUCAUAUUCCUUUCCCUGCUCAGUGAACGGUAUCCAUUUUACAAAGCAAGUGAUGAUUUAACUGCUUUGGCACAAAUCAUGACAGUUCGUGGAUCCAGAGAAACCAUUCAGGCUGCUAAAACUUUUGGUAAAUCAAUUCUGUGUACUCAAGUUGUCCCUGCACAAAACUUAAGAACCCUCUGUGAGAGGCUGAGAGGAACAAAUAGCAGCUGUGAGAGAUCCGAGAGUGAAGUGCCCAGCCAGUCUGUAAAUGACGCAGCUUUGCCGGUUACAGUAGACAACUCAUGUGCUCCUGAGACACUUGGGAAAAAAAUUCAGCACUUAAAGAGCUUUCAGGAAGGUGAUGGUGCUUUGGAAAUGAAGGCAACAGACAUGAAAGGAUGGGAUCAGGUUCCUGAUGAAGCCUAUGACCUACUUGAUAAGCUACUAGACUUAAACCCUGCAACAAGAAUAACUGCAAAAGAGGCUUUGCUGCAUCCUUUUUUUAAAGACAUGAGACACUGAGAAUAUACCAUAUUCUAUUAUUGCUUUCAUAUGUUUUAUGUGAGAAUCAGGUACUGAGGUAGUUGUACCUUGUUGCCAUCAACAUUUACACUCAUUGAAAUACCGUCACACUGCACGGAACUACUGAAAUUUUUUCUUGUACAGUUGGACUGAAAAUGUCAGUUUAAAGAAAUACUUGCAGAUGUAAAAAUUACAUAAACAUUGCUAGCAUGGACUUACCCUAAUACACUUCUGAGGGGUUAUUGCUGUGCAUACCUGUUCUCUGAGAAGGUUAGCUUUGAUCAAAAACUACAAAGAAAGAGUUUCACAAGCUGUAUGCAUAUUUCUUGAGAUAUUCCCUUAAAAUUUACAAGUUUGCCUUAAGGUACGACUGAAAUAAGAAAGUGCUUGAGAGACUUUUUUUCCAUAGUUGGGUAUGUUCCUGAUGAGUACAUGGGGGACUGAAAAUAGAACAAAGUGUGUUAAUUUAGUUCAGGCUAUUUUCAGAGACCAGUAUUACUUUGGGAGCGUUGCUAGAGGAGGGGCCAGGUGCUAGAGCUUAUAUCAUCAAAAGAAAAGUAUAGCUGUUUCAAAAGCACUUUUUUUAUUCCUGUCUGGUCUUUCCUACUUAUGCAACAGUAAUAAAUGCAGUUACACAUUUUGCAUAGCCUAUGUUUCCCCAGUGCCAUGGGUAACUGUCACUAUUCACUAACUACUGCCUUAAGAAUAUCUUGUGUGACAUGCAGAAGUUUGAUUGCUGUUAUGGAAACUGAUUUUUUUUUUAAAGAGUAUCUGUUAAAUAAAAGAUUUGUUUUUAUAACUUCAGAA